GAUGCGUGUAUUGUGUAUUAUACACAGACAUAUUGAAAAAUGUUUUCGCAUGCGUUUUCACAUCACCAUCUCGGGAAGAAAACACAACUGAGAACAUAUUCAGUGCCAUGCCUAGCCAAGAAAGACUUAGAGGGACUUCUGUCACAGGAUGUAUCUAAUUCUCUUGAAACGUUAUCUUGUAGCCCCACUAGGGAGAUUUCUCAUGGAAAAAGUCUUGCGCACCAAGAUACAAUAAGUGGACACCUCAGGCCAACUGGUGAGCGUAAUCGUGAUGUGCCCUCCCCAGCUAAAAUACGCUGGAUUGAUGCCUUCAAUAAAGUCUGUAUGCAACUUAGUGAG